AUGUGGAGGAAUUCGGGGGCGAAUUUCCUGAAACGGGCGUCCAAGUGGGCUACCCGACCCAUCUGGACCCGACCCACGCCCCGAACGACCCGCCACUUCUGCAGCUCCGCCGCCGCCGCCUCCGGCGACGACCGGGCCGAUGGAGAGAAUGUGAUGACGCACGCGGAGGCAAAGAGGCUGAUGAGGCUGGUGAACGUGGAGGAGCUCAAGGAGAAGCUGGGCGUGGAGAGGAAAGAGGUAAUCCCCUACGCCGAGCUUUUGAAGGCCUGUGAGGGCAUCGGCGUGGCUAUGUCGGCCGACGAGGCGGCUGCCUUUGCCAGAGUCCUCGACGAGGCCGGCGUCGUUUUGCUUUUCCGGGACAGAGUCUAUCUCCAUCCGGAUAAGGUGGCCGAUUUGGUAAGAAGGGCAUUUCCUUUUUCACUUUUACCCGAAGAAAACCCGUGCAAAGACGAGCUCAGCAAACUUGAGGAGAAAAAGGAUGAAAUAGACAUGCUGGCCCACAAACAGGUCCGCCGCAUACUAUGGGCCGGGCUGGGCCUUGCUGUGGUGCAAGUCGGGCUUUUCUUCCGACUGACCUUUUGGGAAUUCUCUUGGGAUGUAAUGGAGCCCAUUGCGUUUUUCACGACCACAAGUGGCAUAUUAUUAGGCUAUGCUUACUUCCUGUUCACCUCAAGGGACCCGAGCUACCAGGACUUGCUCAAGAGGCUCUUCCUCUCGAGGCAGAGAAAGCUCGUCAAGAAACAUAAUUUCGACGUUAAGAGGUUUGUGGAGUUGCAGAGAAUGACCAAAUUGCCCCACGAGUCGUGCGCAGCCAUCAAGAGGCGGACAGGGGUAGAAUUGGACCCGGAGGACCUUUUACACAAUCAUUGA